AUGAGCUCAAUUCCGUCUGAAGAACAACUCCAAGGCCUCUACGACAGCAAACCCGACGCGCAUCUCGCUGAGCCUCCCGCAAUGGUCGAAACUGAUGGAAAUUUUCUGUCAUUGCACCGGUCCCUCGCCGGGUUAAACACGCCCACUUUGGUCUUCAGAGGAUAUGGGCCCAAAGACUUUGCUCCCUUCGAGAGUCUCCUUUCGCCCAAUACGCCUCGCCUUCUCAGCGCCCACGUAUCAUCUGGGCCAUGGGAAGCCAGGUUCCCUGAAUGCGACGCUAUCCAAGAGCUUCGAGUUGUCUCCCCCUACUCAUACCCUGUUCUCUUCAGUGCCCAGCCCAAGGAGAAGUGCAUCUUUCUACUGUAG